AUGUCGAACAAAGAUGGAGUCUCCUUGGCUGCCGAAGGUGCCAAUGAUGCCGACAAGUCAGGCAUUGUCACGGAUGUUGCACCCGCGCGAUCGGAAACAUCCGCCUCAGCCAGCAAGGUAGACGACCUCAAGUUGACCGACGCGCAGCCCGUCGUCGAUGAUGUUGAAUACGUAAAUGGACAUCCAAUCAUUCGCAAUGGAAUGGACGUUUCCAAGUUCGUGGUGUCAGACCGCGAUGACGGCGAUCCCUCAUUCACGUUCCGAUCUGUCGUCUUGGGUACGGUCUUUACUGCUCUCUCCAGCGUCAUCACCAUGCUAUACACUUUCAAGCCAACUCAGAUGCAAGUUUCGGCAGUCUUUCUGCAACUGCUUGUCUUUGUUUUUGGCGAAGCAUGGGCAUUGGCAACCCCGCGUCCAGACCGAUUCAAAUGGAAAUGGCUACAAACCACACUCCGCUUCCUCAACUCUGGGCAGCCUUUCGGCAUCAAGGAACAUGUUGUAGCAUCUCUUAUUGCGUCCUCCGGUAACAACGGUCUCUCUGGAGUUGAAAUCUAUGCUGUCGAGCGACUCUUCUACAACCGAGAAGUCACAGCCACAACUGCAAUCCUCGCCACGUUCUCCAUUUCGCUCUGUGGCUUCGUUCUAGCAGGCGUUCUCCGCCCCCUCAUCGUCUAUCCUGCGGAGAUGGUUUACUGGUCCACGCUGCCGCAGGUGGUACUCUUCCAGAACCUGCAUUUCGACCGCAUCGCCAACCGAGGCCGUCUCAUGAAGUUCGGCAUCGCCCUCGGUAUUGCUGCGGUGUGGGAGAUCUUCCCAGCUUACAUGGUUACCUGGUUCGGUGGCAUAUCAGUCGUCUGCCUUGCGUCCAUGGGAGCACCGGAAAAGACGCGCACCGUCAUAUCUACAAUCUUUGGUGGUGCAUCAUCCAACGAGGGCAUGGGCCUGCUCAACUUCUCCCUGGACUGGCAGUACAUCCAAAGUACAUAUCUCUCGCUUCCCUUCAAGCAACAGUUGAACUCGUGGAUUGGCUACGGCAUCUGGUAUGUCGUCAUGCCGGCUCUCUUCUACAGCAACACGUGGGGUGCCAAGACCUUCCCCUUCAUGUCGACGUCCCUCUUCGCCAGCAACGGCACUAGAUGGUCGACGACAGCGGUCCUUAGCGGCCGCGGGGUUAUCGAUUACGACAAGCUCGACCAGGUUGGCCUCCCCCACCUAACCUCGAGCACUGUCUGGGGUUAUCUCACCGCUAGCAUGGCCAUUGGCGCUUUGAUCACCCACGUUGUCAUCUUCUACGGUAAAGACAUGGUUGACUCGUGGAAACAAGCAAGGAGCCGGACCCAACCGGACAUUCACUACCAGGCAAUGCUGAAGUAUAAGGAGGUGCCGAUGUGGUGGUACUUGGCGCUUUUCGUACUGACCUUCAUCGCUGGCUUGGUAGUAAAUAUCAAGGGCGAGACAACACUCCCAGUCUGGGGUUACAUCAUCUCCCUGCUCUUAGGAGGAUUCAUCGCUCCUUUCUCGUGUAUUCUGUAUGGAUUAUACGGAACCGGAGUUAGCACCAACCAAAUCUCCAAAAUGGUCGCAGGCGUCGUCCACCCCGGUCGACCGUUGGCGAACCUGUACUUCGCAAGUUGGUCUCACCAAGUUAUUCUCCUCGCCGUCAACCUUGCCAACUGGCUCAAGGUCGGCCAAUACACCAAGGUCCCGCAUCGUGUCAUGUUCGCCACGCAAAUUUACGGAACGCUGCUGGGUGCGGGACUCAACUACGCCGUCAUGACGACCAUCGUAACCAACCAGCGUGAGAUUCUUCUCGACCCCAAGGGGACGAACGUCUGGAGCGGUUCAGCUAUGCAGAGUCUCAACUCUUCGGCCAUCACCUGGGCGUUGGCGAAGGAGAUGUACGGUAUGGCCGGCCGCUAUGUCAUUGUGCCCCUUGGCCUCCUUAUCGGUGCAGCACUUCCCGUGUUGCACUGGGGUCUCAUUAAACUAGUCCCACGUGUAAAAGACUGGCCGAUCAACACCACGAUUAUCAUCGCAUUCGCCGGAAACACGUACUUCGGAAACACGUCGUGGAUCUGGUCUUCCAUUGCAGUGGGCGUCUUCUCGCAGUUCUGGCUUAGACGCCGUCUACCGCGCAUCUACAACAAGUAUAAUUACCUUAUUGGCGCGGCUCUGGACGGAGGAUCUCAGGUGGUCAUCUUCAUUCUGUCGUUUGCUGUAUUUGGAGCAAGUGGAAAGGAGCACCCGUUCCCGACAUGGUGGGGAAAUCCAUCCGACACCAACCCUGACCAUUGCUUGUAA